CGGCUCGGAGCAAAACAAACCAGCCAAACGAUAGGCGGGCGCGGAGCGCAGCGGACGGGCCGGCCGCGCGCGCGUGUGUGUGUGUGUUCGUGUGUGCGUACCAGCGUGCGCCGCGGUGCGCCGCCCCAACGGAAUUUUGUGACAUUUUGUUUCGCCGAGUGAAGUUUGACAGUGUGUUACGACAGUGAGUGUUGACAAGAGCGCACAGCGGUGAAGUUCUGGAUUUUUCCUCGGCGGCCCAGCAGUUUUCAACCCAGUGGUGGAUUAAAAAUAACCCAAAGGCUGGCCGAGCUAGCCCCAGCGCCAUGACCAGGUCAUGAGCGCGGCGGGGAGCCAGGGGCACGCCCUGGGGCCCCAGUAUGGCGGUGUCGGGGGAGGGGGCGGAUUCUCGGUCCCCACCCCGACCUCUACCGUCCACGACGACUACCCGCACGACGUGAAGGUGUCCGCCGCGUCUGGCCUGCCGCCCUUCAGCUCGUUCGAGAUGGCGGACGGCGUGGGCCUCGGCCACACCUACACGCAGCUGGACCACCCGUCCCAGCCCUGGGACUACUACGGGGAGGGGCUGACGGGUCGCCUGAUGGACCGCGACAUGCACAACCCCUUGAACCAGCCCACCUACCGGCCGUGGGAGGGGAAGCCCAUGGACGACCCCAACGGGCCGCACGGGCCGCCCAACGGUGGACCGCCGCCGCCCGGCGCCUUCCCCGGGAGCAAGCUGCCCUCCUUCCAGUCGCAGUUCACCUUCGCGGAGCAGCAGCAGCAACAGCAGCAGCAGGACGGGCAGAGCUUGGCUCCGUUGCCACCCGGCGCCGCACCCGCCUCCCCCAGCAGCACGUCUGGCCUGCCUAGCUUCCACACCCUUUCGGCGGUGCCCAUCCCCGGGGUGCCAGGCGUUCCCGGUGUUCCCGGGGUGCCCGGCGUACCCAGGGGCUACCCUCUGGUGCCCGCCCCCGUGCCCGUCCAGGCGCGAGAGGUCCCCGCCAUCCAGCAGCAGCUGAUGGACGAACGCCACAUCCACCUGGCGUUCGGCGGCGUGCCGCCGGGCGUGCCACCCCCGGGUGUGCCGCCCCCAGGCCUGCCGCACCAGCAGCUGGCCCAGUUCCACCACCCCCUCCUGCCUGGCCACCCGGGUCACCCCGGCCACCCGGUCCACCCUGGCCAUCCCGGUCACCCGGGCCACCCCGGCCACCACGGCCACCCGGGCACCACUGUCCUAGUGAAGAGCGAGCCCGUCACUAUUGUGACGUCCACGCCGACCCAGCUCACCCACCUGCACCACACCAACUUCCAGAACCCCAUGGGAAUGAUGGACAAGUGCGACGAGAACGGGCACCUCAGCAAGCUCGAGGACGCCGGGCUGCGCGGCCUCGACUCACGCAAGAAGGAGCGGAGGAAAGUGCGUGCGUCCUCCAUGGAGAGCUCGGCCGAGUCGGACGGCGCGGGCUCGAGCAGCCUCGAGUCGUCCGGCCAGGUCGCCGCCGUGUCGUCCACGGCCGGGUCGGGCUUCAAGUCGCCGCUGCAGAACAACGCGCCGCCCACGACGCAGGGCCCGUGCUCGGACGACGGCGAGAGCUCGUCGGGGGAGAAGCCCGUCAAGAAGAAGCGCAAGCGGUGCGGGGAGUGCAUCGGCUGCCAGCGCAAGGACAACUGCGGGGACUGCGCGCCGUGCCGCAACGAGAAGAGCCACCAGAUCUGCAAGAUGCGGCGCUGCGAGAAGCUCACCGAGAAAAAGCACCUCCUGGCGUACCUCAGCGAUCCCGACGGUCCAGGGGACAGCAUCAGGAGGGUGAGAGGGAGGAGCUCCAGGCCCUCGGCGUCGGGUUACCGCAACAAGGCUCGCCAGUCCGUGGGAGGCCCUCAGACCCCACAGCCCGUGUCACAGCCGCAGACGCCGACCCCUCAGGCGGGUCAGCAGCCAGGACAGCAGGGCCCGCCGUCAGUGGGUCAGUCUGUCCCGGACCAGUCGGGACCUCUGAUCACCAACGUCUCCGACCAGUCGACUCCUCCUGUCAUGCCAUUUUAUGGUAACAAUGUGCCCAGUCAACCUGGGAAUCUAAUGGACCCUGUGUCGGGGUUUGGGCCCCCACCAAUGAGGGAUCGUUUCAGUGGGUGGCCACCGCAGCCUGGUGACUCUCUAAAUGGUCUCUCAUCGUGGUCACCAGCUGCACCUCAGAGCCAUGGUUACAUCCAGCAAGUGCCGCCUCACCACCCUCCACCACAUCAGUUGGAUGAUUUAAGGCACUACCAUCCUCAGUAUGCCACAGCACCAACUUAUCAAGGUGCAGGCUACCAACAACCAUUUAGUGUAGAUCCUGCCCAGAGUCCAGUUUUCCAGCAACAGCCUCAGGCUCCUCAAACUCCUCAGACUCAGUUGCCUUACAAUACACCUACGAGCCAACCUCCUUCAUCACCUGCUCAACCGCCUCGUACUCCUCUCAGCAAUUAUUCUCAGGCCCAUACACCACAACCAUCUCCCACUCCUCAUCAGGUAAAUGGUAUGAAUGGUAACAUCUCCCAAAGAAAUGGUGUUAAUGGUUCUUACCUAGAUGGAUCUCCAGUGCAAUCAAUGGAGUAUGUAAAUGGAUCUUAUACCCCAUCUCAGGAAAAUUCUAUGGCACCGCCCCAGUCAACAACACCUAAUAGCCGUAGUAGCUCUGUCCACAUGGACACUGGAAAUGGUGACACCAAUGGUAACAUGGGUCAAGGUGUUAAUGGGUCAAGUCCUCAUCAUGGUAUGAAUGGGACUAUGAAUGGCCGCAAGACUCCCUCUCAUAACAGCAACGCACCCGGUUCGGGAAACGCGAUGCCUGGAUACCCGCUUCAUCAAGCUCCCCCACAACUAAUUCAGCAGAGUUUACACAACUCUAGUGGGUAUCCAGGCCAAGACAUUUCUUCGGGAGCAGCAGGAGAAAGUAGAAUAUCUUCAUCACCUCUUUGGAAUAGCUCAAAUUCUACAAAUGGCAUAAAUAAUCACCAGCCAAACAACAAUGCUGGAACUGCCAAUGCUAAUGGAAAUACAAAUGCUAGUGCUAACCGGUCGGUGUGGAAUGGAGGUGGACAAGAUCGCCCCCCAAGUGCUCUUGGACAAUCACCAAAUUCAAGUCCCCAAAAUCAGCAUCAACAUUAUCAGCAAGAUCAAAGUUCUCACAGCAACGGUAAUAAUACUAGUCCAGUUAACAGUCGGUUGAAAACCAUGAUCUUAAACAAGCAACAACAGCAGUAUAAUCAGCAAAUGCAACAAUUUAACCAGCAAAUGUAUGGUCAACAGCAGCAGCAGCAAGUACUGACGUCCCCUGUCGGUGAUGGGCAGCAAAUGAUGAGUCCACGACGGCCAUCCGACCAGUAUGGUCAGCAAAGUUCUCAUGAUAGCAGACCUCCAUCAAGGCAGUCUCCCAAUCCCUCCCAAAAUACUACCGGUCAUUUUUUAGUCGAAGGCCACCAUCUUCAGAGAUCAAUGAUUCCUGAAGGUGGUGGCAUAUGGGAGUGGGGGGGAGAUGUUCAAAAUGAGACUCAUGCAAAUCCUGUGUCUGCAAUGGAAAACUUUGUAAAAUUUGCUGAGCUUGGUGAUAAUGGAGGAGAAGAAUCUAGUAGUAUAAAAUUAUUUCAAGGAGGCCAGUUGGGGUUUCACAACAUGAAAGGUGCAAUAUCAAAAACUGAAUUCAAACCUAUUGAAGGUUGGAAUGAAACAAAAUUGCCAUAUGACAAUGAAGUGAGAACAUCAGAACAAAUCAGCAUGCAGAAUGAGAGUAAUUUUUUUCUUAAGAAAUCAUUGAAUUUAGGGCAUUGUAGUGGUGAUGCAAAUGAAAGGACUAAUAUGAAUCUAGUUAAAAUUAAAGAAGAGCCUUACCUUUUUCGGGGUGAUGGCGGCCCCAUUAUACUUGAGAAAACCUCUGGUUCAUGGUGUUGCCGCCAAGGCGGGACUGAUGCGCCAUCCCCAGAACAUUUGAGGGAUGGUUGCUGUCCAGGUCAAGGACUGCAAACGUUAGAUGAGGUGGUGGAAUCAGAAACAGAAAAGCCAAAAGAAAAACCUGGUCGCUGGAGUCCAGAAGCUGCAGUGCCUGGCACAUCCAAAGACUUUCAAGAACACUUAGAUCGUCUAAGAAACAAUGUGAGAACAGAAGUUCCUGACUGUGACUGUUUUGCAGCUGAUAAAUUGCCACCUGAACCUGGAUCAUAUUACACUCACCUGGGAGCAGGCAAAAGCUUGCCAGAUCUACGCUCACAGAUUGAAGAGAGAUCAGGCUUCAAAGACAAAGCUGUGCGCAUUGAGAAGGUGCUAUAUACUGGCAAAGAGGGUAAAACUACUCAAGGGUGCCCUCUUGCCAAAUGGAUCAUUCGUCGUUCAAAUCUUGAUGAAAAGAUACUUGUGAUAGUAAAACACCGGCAGGGACACAAGUGUUCCACUGCAUGGAUUGUUGUGGCCCUUGUAGCAUGGGAGGGAAUUCCUAUUCAUGAAGCUGAUCAUGUUUACACACUCCUAUCCACCAAGCUCAAUCGCUUUGGACUCCCUACCACACGAAGAUGUGCUACUAAUGAGCCACGCACUUGUGCUUGUCAGGGGUUGGACCCCAAUACAUGUGGAGCAUCAUUUUCCUUUGGAUGCUCUUGGUCCAUGUACUACAAUGGAUGCAAAUAUGCUCGAAGCAAGACUGUGCGAAAAUUCAGGUUAUCUGUGAGAUCAGAGGAACAGGAAGUUGAAGAAAGAAUGCAUACACUAGCAACACUUGUGUCACCUCUUUAUCAAUCAUUGGCCCCUGAAGCUUUUAGAAACCAAACUCAUUUUGAAAGAGAUGCUUCAGAUUGUCGGCUUGGCUUCAAAACGGGGAGACCAUUUUCUGGAGUUACUGCCUGUAUAGAUUUCUGUGCUCAUGCUCAUAGAGAUCUACAUAACAUGAAUAAUGGAUGCACUGUUGUUGUUAGUCUUACUAAACAUCGAAGUUUAUCAAAACCUGAUGAUGAACAACUACAUGUAUUACCUCUCUACAUCAUGGAUGAUUCUGAUGAACAUGGGAGUAAAGAAGACCAAGCUGCUAAAGAGAGAACCGGUGCUAUUGAAACUUUAACAAAGUUCCCAUGUGAAGUUCGUGUUCGUUCUACACCAUUACAACCAUGCCGGAGGCAUGGAAAAAAGAGGGGGAAGGAAGAAGAGCAGCCUUGUGAGUCUGUUACCAUUAAGAAAGAACCAACUGGCCAAGGACAUCAAACACAUUGCUCACAGGGACAAAUUCCUAGAUCUGGUGCUCCCAGUGCACCUUCCCAACAGAGUGCUGGUUUUGCUCAUUCUAUUUCAACUUCAGCUGUCAACCAAGGAAUGUCAUUAGAAAUGGUUAUGGAAGCUCAACUCCAAAGCUCACAGGUCUCGUCAACAGUCCUGGAUAGUCCUGUCUCAAUGUAUCAAGGCUGGGGCUAUGAGGCGUGGGCCUCUGGUCGCACUGGGGCUCACCAUGCUUGGAUGGCCGCUGAUAGUCAACGUUGGACGGACUACAGCGCCCUGAACCAACCGCGAGGCCCUAGCUUGGAGCGCGCGGACGCGGACAGCACCACCGCCGUCACGACCAGGUCAGCAGACGCAUCCUGGGCAGCCUCACUGUCGCCGGCCCAGCCAGCACAGCGCAGAGAACCGCAACCUGAAGUCACAAAGACAACUGCCACCACGUGUCCCAAACGAAUAGAGCCAGAAGAGGCAAACCCCUCGGCCAGUCCGGCUGAGUUACCACCCCUAUCCCUGUGCCAUCGGCUCUCCACAUCCUCGGCGUCCAAUCAGCUGGACGCCCAGUCUCCCUCGUUCGACCUUCCCUCGUCGGCCUUCUCUCCCUCGCCCGUCAUCGACUCCGGGUCGACGGCCCAGCUGGGCGAGGACGAGAAGGGCGGACCAGGCCGGCAGCAGCAAAAGAAACCGUCCUGCUGGUCCGAAGGGAAUGACGCUUCGAACCCCAUUCCUGCCAACAACAGCUCCGGCAUGUGGGAUGCCGGCGGCCUUUCUUCCUCGCCGUUCCGAGUACCGAAGGCCCGCCACGCAACCCACGGCUCGUUUGAAGCUCCAACGCCGAAAACUGAAGCAAUGGGGGUGGCUGGGGGUGGCUUGUGGGAGUCAGGAUCGGCUUUCACGAGCACGGCGACGGGUCAGGGGCAAGACAAGCCUUGGGCUGAGGACUGCGCCCUGUCUGGCGGAGCGUCCAAAUCGCUCUCGUUUGGUUCUCACGUAUUAAAGCAAGAGAGCGUCUUCGAUGAUGUAAAACACCUCAGUGACUACCAAGCCUAUGGUGCUGCUCAAAAUCCUGGAGUGUCUGUUGUCAGUGCUGCUAAUCCAUUUGCUUGUCCAAUGCCUGGCACUGGCACAUCUUACGGUUAUGGAUAUGCAGCUAUGUUUUCUGAUUCUAAAGGCUACAACACAGGCUGGAAUGAUCCCUAUGUUGAUCCACAUUAUGCGCAGUUUCAGAGCCCUGCUAUGAAUCUCAAUCCUCUCUAUGGUGGUACAGGAAAUCCAUAUCACACUGCCCAUGCCGCAAGCUACAUGCCACCUUACGGAUAUAUGCCUGCAACACGCUGGGAUCUGUAUGGUCCCGCCCCUUAUUUCUCAGUUGUUCCAGAAACUCCUAAAGCAGAACCAAUUGGAGAAGUGACAGAUUUUACUGAUAAUGAAGAGUGUUUUAAGGAUUCUCAAAUGGGUGGUGUUGCAAUUGCAUUAGGUCAUGGCUCUGUUCUCUUUGAGUGUGCCAAACAUGAAAUGCAUGCCACGACCGCUCUGCGCCGGCCUAAUCGACUUCAACCAACAAGAAUAAGCUUGGUGUUCUAUCAACACAGAAAUCUGAACCGUCCCAAACAUGGUUGGGAUGAAUGGGAAGAGAAAAUGAGACUAAGAAAGCUGGGUGUAACAACUAGUCCAGCUAGUGCCACCACCACCAGCAGUGUUAGUCCUAGACCAGGAACACCUAUUCCAUCUGGUACAUAUGUUCCAGCAGAACCUUGCAAGUCCCUAAAGAGCAAUUCUCAAUUCAUGAUGCGAACUCCCACAUAUACCACCACCACUUGGACCACCCUAUUUCCCAUGCACCCUUGCAUGGUGACUGGGCCAUACCAAGAAGGCGGUGCUGUUGGGUAGCUUACAAAGCCUAAUACCAAAGAUAGGAGUAAAUUUCAUUUGUCAGAUAUGAGAUGCUAUUUGCUUCUAGCUUCAUGGGUCUCUUAUCUUGUAAGUAGUGGAUUGCUGUUAGUUUGUUAAUUGUUCCUGUAACUUCAGAUUGAAUUGUCCUUUCUCCAGCUUAUUGCCAAAGAUGUAAAUCACCUUUCUCAUGCAGUGACAUGAGAUUUGCUGUUUCUCAGUUAAGACGAUUUGCUGUCUGUGUGGAUAUGCUGAAUGUACUUGUUACUAGUUUUACAAUCAUAGCAAAUGCAGUUGCCAAAAGUGUUGUAUUUUUGUAUUAAUUAUGUGUCAGUAACAUCUUGAUUAUCUCAUGGUUGACUUUCCAUUUCUAUGAAGUGUGAGUAGUGAGUCAAACUCUUCAUGGGGGAAUGACAUACUUUCAGGCAGAAAGCAAAUCUAAAAUGACUGGUAUACCUGUACUCUAUUUUUCCUAUUAUUUAUUUUAUCACCUGCUCAUGUUGGAGCCUGUUUUCUUUAUUAUGUGAGAAGUCAUAGAUAUAAGUUUGAGUCCUCAUAUGGAAGAAUGAGUCAAUGUGUAUAUAUAUAAAUAUAUAUAGAUUAUAGAAAUAUAUAAAAAAUAAUAUCUAUCCACUUGCAAUACGUUGAUUGCUGAUAUUUUGUUCUUGCAUUAUUGCAAGAUGCUUGUUGUGUAUGGGGUUAAUGGUGAGAGUGACAUUACUUUUAUUUUUUGACCUCAAGGAGAUGUUUCUAUUUUAGAACAAAACUUCAGUCUAAUUCUAAUGGAAAUGGAUUCAUAUUUUUGACAAAUUUUAGAAUGAGAGGAAAAUAUUUUUAAGUUGUUGGUCAUAGAUAGUGAACAAAAAAAAAGCAGUACAAGCAAGUGUGAUUGUGUUAAAUUGUACAUAUGCAUAUGUGAGAAUGAAAGAAUGAAAGCAGUUAUGGUUAUACUCUUAGCAUUUGCAUUUAUUCAGGUACUGUCUUCAGAUGCUUUGCAUAAAUCAUAAUUAUUGUGUGAGCUGGCUGUUUGUUUUUAUACUGCCCGUGUUUUGAAAUAAUCUUCCAUCUGAAUUCCUUUGCUCAAAUUUUUGUUGUUUGUGCCAUUGAAGGAUGUAUCUGAGCAUAGUAUACUGAUAGCAAUACAGCAUAUUGCUCCUUUUUGGCUCUUGCUUCUGCGUGCCAAAAGCUUCAGCUUUAGCUAGUCCCUUCCUUUAGCCCUUGCGUAGGUUAAGGUGCAGUUUGUAUGGAUCGUUUCUUAAUGAGUUCAUUUUUGAAACUUUUUAUCACUGCCAAUGCACUUGUGCUGCACCAGUUUUCCUCCACUGCCAAAUAUUUCAUCCCCUUCCUAACCUUUUGAAUCUUCCUUAAAUCUCUUCCCUUUAAUAACAAUAACUGCUGUAAAAUGUAUGUGUAUGUAUGGAUGUAAGAUUCCUUUGUUUAUGAAAAAAACAUCCAGGAAUCUUACUUUCUUUCUUAUCUGAUUGUAGGUACAAACUUUGAUCUCACAAGUAUGUGCCAUUUGGCUUGAUAAGCAUCUUUCAAGUGUAUUGCCAAUUCUUGUCAUUUUGAUUUUACAAGAACUCAUAGGUGUAAAGAUUUUAAAUGGGGAGGCCACUCACCAUGAUCUUGCAGUUAGGUUUAUGUCAGUUUGUCUCCUACAGCUGAUUUAAUUCUUACGCUGAUGUUCUUUUAGACUGAACUUGACAUAAGUGUCUGUAGGUUUACUUAGUGUAUAGGAAUCUUUAUGGGUGUCAGUUCUCCCUUAUGUUUACUUUCUUAGAACUUGUUUGUGUUGUACAUACUGUAACGUUUGCUUUUAUAUUGGGCUAAUUGGCACGCAGAACGGAAAAGCUAUCAUGGACCAUAUAUCCCCAUUCCAGAUAUGCUUGUUUUUUUGUUUUUUUUUAAAUGUUGGGUUCUAUUAAGUUUUUAAGAAAGAUAUGGGUGCUCAGAUGCAGUGACAAUUGUUUUCUUCUGCCACACCGUGAUAUUACCUUGAUUAUGGGAUUUGUGUACAUGUCAGCUUCAUUUUUUUUUUCAUUAGUAGUCCUAACGAUCUGAGCUCACAUACUGUUAAACAAAAAUUAUCAAAUCUGGUGAAGUUUUGCUUUUCCCCCUUACCUUGGUAAUUUUUUGGACUUUCUCAGGUCAGUAUCUGUUGUGUUUGUAAAUAUACAAUACAUUGUAUCUUAUUUAACUAAUUAUUUAUUUAUUUCUAUUGAAUUCAUUGUGAAAUCUAGUGAUUGUAUCCAUAUUUGGUGUUAUAUAAGUAGUAUUUAUUUUCAGCCAUUAUGUUCAUUAUGAUUUGAAGAUGACAUUUUGUUUGUUCCUGUUUUUUGUUUCUGUGGUAUAUAUAUAGAUAUAUAUCUUCUUUCUCAAUCAAGGCAUAUCGCAGAGCAUAUUGCUCUAUUUCAAUGAAGUUUUAUUGUGGAGUGAUUAAUUUGUGAUUACCAACAUUAUUAGAGGGAAUUUGAAACUAUCUAAGUCAGAGUAUGUUUUCUCUUUCUCAGGUGUUAAUGACAUUUUUGUGAUGAUGACCUAAACCAAAUACUUACAUAACCAGGUUUAAUUUGCCCUAAGGAGGUCAGUUUCCUUUUUCUAUUAUCCUUGAAGCAAAUAUUCUCCAGUCAUUUAAUUCCAGGGCCCUGCUCAGCUCACGGCUUCUGGAGAUGUACAACAUUUUGUGCUGUAUAAUAAUCUAAUCAGUUGAGAUUGUAUACCUGUUCUUGUAUCCAUCAUAUGUAUAUGACUUGAUUAGUGAUUUUUAAGGGUCCUUUUGACAUUUGGCACUUUUUACUGCUAUUAAAUUCACUGUUCCUUCCAUAACAUAGUGGUUUUUCUAAACAGUCUGCCAUAUCUUAUCUCAUUUAUAACAGAAAUCAUCUCAUAAGAGAAACUUAAGUGCCAAUAAUUGUAUGUGUGUUGUUAGUUUGAGACCCCUCCACCUUGUAGACUGUCCCAAUUGCCUUGUGUUUUUCACUUAGUAAGCCUUUAAGGAUUGUUGCUCUCAUCAGCUUCUCUAAAUUUUGUUAUUUCUUUCCUUCUCAUAAAUUAAAAGACCUUUCUUUUUAUCUUUUACAAAAAAAAAGGAAACCAUUUAAAAUUGAAUCAGCGAGGUGAUAAGUUUUUAUUUUGCUCUAGUUAUAAGGAAAAAAAUGAUUAAUGUACAGCAUACUUUUUUGUACUGUUCUUGACUUAUAACUAGUGCAGUUUAAAGCAGACUAUUGUUACAGUUAAUGUAAUACAUUGUAGAAUCUCACCCUACUCUUACACAGUUAAGACAGUAUCUAAGUGUAGAUAAAGUCAAAAUCUCAGAAUAAUAUUAUGAAGUAGUGCAACAAAUUAGCAUACCUGCCUUUGGCAUGUGUGUUAAUGGCAUAUAUUUUUGACAUGGAAGAUUGAAUUCUGUAUAGUAUUCAAAAAGACUAAGUGGGAAAUUGUAAAAUGUUCAAAUUUGUUACUUUAGUCACCUCUUUUUGUACUGUACUUUAGAUGCUGUUAGACUCCCCUGUACCACAUAAAUGUUUGAUACUGUAUAAAAGGGCUGUAGCUUAUUGAUUUUAUGGCAAAAGAUGUUACUAUUUCUGAAUUAUAUGAGAUGUGAGAAUAACUCUGUGACCAAAUAGAAUCAAAAGAUAGAAAAGUUAAUGUAUUGACAAAAAAGUAAAAAUAUUAUUGAAGCAGAGUAGUAAGAUGCAGAAAAAAUUAUCUGAGCUUCAUAUUCCAAUCACAAAAUGUUUUUAAAGUUUACAAUGAAGUUAUUAGGAGAAUCCUAGGAGUAGAUAUUAGGGCCUGUUGUGAAACUCAUGUCUCCAUGUACUAGGUGUACUUGUUUUAAUGUGAAUAUAGCUACAUUUGUGGAAAAUCA